CCUGCUCUGGGCUCAGUUUGCUGUGGCCGGCAGAGGGGCAGGAGCCCAACGAGAAGAAACCAUCUUCAUAUCCCAUCCCUGCAUCCCUGUGGUGGCUCAGGAGCCAAGCAAGAACAGAGCAUCCUGCAUCCCAUCCCUGCAUCCCUGUGUGGGCUCAGGGCCUAAUCCAGGAGCCGAGCGAAGCUUUGGGAGCCUCCCCACCCGCAGCCCCGGACCCCUCCUCAGCCGCUCAAGGGGGAACAGAGCAACCGGGGUUCCCAUUUAAGGGCUGGGGGCGAUGGUGCCCCCGGGCAGCCCCCCUCUCGCCGCCUGCGCCUCCAGCAGCCUGCACCUCGUGCUCCCCGGCCACGGCUCCCCCCUGGCCCGGCCGAACCGGAGCCGCUGGUGGCCGCAGGAGCCGGGGGGCGGCGGGGGCCGGACGGGCAGCGCCGUGGAGCGGCUGGAGGCCGACAAGGCCAAGUACGUGAAGUCCGUGCAGGUGAUGAGCCGGCGGCAGGAGCCGGCGCUGCGGAGCCGCUCGCCCUGGCUCUGCUCCCCCGGAGCCCAGCGAGCCCUCGGCCGGCAGCAGCGGGGUCAGAGCCCAGGGCUGCGCCGCGGACUGAGGCCCGAGCCCCUCAGCCACCGGCAGGGACGGGACUGCCCGGACGGGGACAAGGAGAACACUGAGGGCUCCGCGCGGCCGCUCUGCCAGGGCCCCGGUGAGCGGCCACCGGCAGCCCAGAGCCCCGAGCCCCCCGUGCCCACAGAGGAGGAGGAGGAGGGGAGGACUCCGGGUGCCGGCAGCGGUGGUGGCAGCAGUGGCAUCGCUGUGCCCGGCGGCUCCGUGGUGCAGAAGCCGGCGCUGGCUCUGCGGGUGUCGCUGCCGCUGUCGGAGCAGGAGCGGUUCUUCAACUGCUGCGGACUGGACCGGGCGCUGGUGGAGCUGCUGGGGAGGGACAGGUUCGUGCCCGGGGGCUGGGACAACGGCCGGAACCUGCUCCACGGCUCCUGCGAGUCGGAGCCCGGGCAGGCCUCGGGGGGCAGCGAUGGGGAGGUGGGACCGGGGCAGGAGGAGCAGGAUGCUCGGCUGGGCUCUGCCGUCUCGGUGGUGGAGCGCAACGCCCGCAUCAUCAAGUGGCUCUACGACUGCUCCCGUGCCUGA